AAUGGUAAAAAAUAACAGAGACAAGAGAAAGGAUGCACAAGAAAUUAGAAAUGGUUAUCUUAGACAUAAGGGAAUAGCAAAAGAAAUUAUAGAUGCUGCUGUUGUAGAGCAAAUGAUGGCUCAAAUCAUACCUUCAGGGUGUUGUAAAAGUAUGCAAAGUACUAAUGCGAAAACUGCUUGCCUUCAAGGCUUAAAUUGUCGGUCAAAUAUUUGA